ACUGUGGGUCUGGAUACCGCAGGUUUGCCGGUAGUGAGUUCCCGUAGAGACUGUACUGAAAUCUGCUUAUUAGCCGCGGGAAUGAAGUUUUUAUUGUGGAGAUGUCUGUAGAUUAGGGGACAUGUUGAGAGCGUUUGUGCUGGCGAUCCUGUGCUGUGUUCAUGUGGCGUCGGGUGAAGGAAGCCACUCCCUGCGCUAUUUCUACACGGGGACCUCUGGAAUGACAGAGUUCCCUGAGUUUGUGGUGGUGGGGAUGGUGGAUGAUGUGCAGAUUGAUUAUUACGACAGCAAGAGCAAGCAGAACAUCCCCAAACAGCAGUGGAUGAAGGACAAUAUGGAACCAGGAUACUGGGAGACACAGACUCACAUAUGCCGCGGUGCUGAGCAGAUUUUCAGACGGAAUAUUGGAAUCGCAAUGCAGCGCUUCAACCAGACUGGAGGAGUUCACUCAUGGCAGCACGUGUACGGCUGUGAGCUGGAUGAGGACGGGACCAAGCGGGGGUUUGAUCAGUACGGAUACGAUGGGGAGGAUUACAUCAGCUUCGAUACGGACACCCUGACCUGGACUGCUGCCAGCCAGCGUGCUUUCGCCACGAAACUGAAGUGGGAGGCUAACGGAGCCAUGAAUCAGGACUGGAAGGGCUAUCUGGAGUGGAUGUGUAUCGAAUGGCAGCAGAAGUACGUCCAGUACGGGAGGGAGACUCUGGAGAGGAGAGUUCCUCCUGCAGUGACUCUGCUCCAGAGGAAAGCUCGUGGAUCUGCAGACACGGAGGUCCUGUGUCAUGUGACAGGGUUCUUCCCCCGCGCUGUAGAGGUGACCUGGGUCAGAGACGGGCGGGAUCAGCUGGAGGAGGGGGUGCAGAGUGGGGAGGUGCUUCCCAACCAGGACGGGACCUACCAGCUGAGAAAGAUCCUGACAGUGAGCCCUGAGGAGCAGAGGAGACACAACUACUCCUGCCAGGUAGACCACGCCAGCCUGGAUCAGAAGAUCGUGAAGGAGUGGGAUCCGAACAGCGAUGGCGGUCCCCCUAUUGGGAUCAUUGCUGGAGUCAUAGUGGGUGUACUGGCUCUGGCUGCAGUGAUCAUUGGAGUGGUGAUCUGGAAGAAGAAACAAGGAGGUAGAUCCACUUUUGGGAUCAUUGUUAAAGUCAUAAUGGCUGUACUGGCUAUACUGGCUGCAGUGAUUGUUGGAUUCAUAGUUCUGACUGCAGUGAUCAUUGGAGUGGUGAUCUGGAUGGGUGAAGGCGGCCCCCCUAUUGGGAUCAUUGCUGGAGUCAUAGUGGGUGUACUGGCUCUAGCUGCAGUGAUCAUUGGAGUGGUGAUCUGGAAGAAGAAACAAGGAGGAGCCCAGAGAAUACACUACACCUCAAGUCGACGUUGGUAAGGCUUCGACACUUCCUCUGACACCGCCGCUCAUGCCUGAGGAGUGUGACUCCACUGCAGAGAGAAUCAGCGACUCUGCAGAGAUUUCAUCUUUUACAAUCCUUCAUACGCAAUACUGCUUUAUGCAUUUAUACGACAUGACAUCAUAAUGGGAUUUAACAGGGUGCAGCUGUAAUCAUUCAGUUCUAUUGUAAGAAAUAUUAACAGUCAUUAGUUAAGAGGGG